AUUCAGACUUCAGCAGUUUGCUAGCAUGGUUACUAUUUGGAAAUUCAAUCCUGGACUUGAUACUCAAUUAUAUGGGACUUCAUUCCUACCAACUUCCUGUAAUUCUAAACCUAUGGGUAAAAAUAUUAGUAGUCAUACGCUGCUGAGGAAAGUACGGACACAUUGACUCAGCUCGUGCAGCCGCAGCCGGCGUUGCUGUGUUAAACUUGGAACUUCUGGAAGCUUAUUAUUGUGUUCAUUUAUGCAAAUUACAGAAGGUAUAAUUGAAACAAGGUCAGUGGUGUUUGUCAGUGUGUCGCAGCCGAGGUCGUUGGAACGUAAGUGCUUUUUAAAUGAGUGCUCUCUGACUGCCAGCAAUCAGCGCCGGUCCAGAAACUGCAGUUCAAGGAAUGGCUGACAUUUCGAGAGGUACUUUUUUUUUUUUUUAAAUGCUAGUAUCUUGUAGAAAUUAGGACAAAGACUGAAGCUUUUAUGGGCUUAUACUGUUUGGAUGUGCUAGCUCUGGGUUCUGUGCAGCUGCCUGUAGCCUUUCUGCUGAAGGAUCUUUGUGGUUUUCAUUUGCUAACAUGCGUGGAAAUGAGAACAAAUGGCACGGCGGUUAAGAUUGCAUUUUGCUACCCAAAGAAGCAACACAGAUCCAUUAUCAGAGACCUCAGAAGAUGUUUUGGACAGUAAUAAUUGUAUGUACUUCAAAAAAUCACAGAAUUCUGCACCUAAUGUUACACAAGUGAAACUGACUCCCAGACGGGUUGCUUAUGCACCUGUAGUGCAACAAGUCAUUAAUCAGGAGAAAAACCCAACUAUUUCUUCAUUGCAAAUAAAAAAGAGCAGUUCACUGCACAUUUCCCUGCAGUCUAGAAAGCACAGUGGAUGUUCUCGCUUUGGCGAUGCCUUAGCUGCUGGAGAAGACACUUCAUUCCUUGGAAUUGGUAAUGAAGGGAAUUGUGGUGCUCGGAUUGCGGUCGAUCAUCGAUCUAAUGACAGCCUCCUGAGCAGUGCUGCUCUGUGCAAAGGCAGCCUCAGCAGUAUUGCAGCAAGUGACAGUGGAUCCUUUAGCAGCGCUGGCAGUGACUACGGAUCAUGUGCAAGUACCACAAGUGAUGGAGGUUCCUAUAGUAACAGUGUCAUCAGUGACAGUGGCAGUGGCACCCUUUGGUCAAGUGACAGCACUUUCUGUAGUAGUGUUGUACAUGGUGAUUCUUCAUAUAGAAGCACUGCAAACAAAUGUAAUCCCUACAGGAGCACCUCAUCUCAGGAAACUCUGUGUAGAAGUAGCACUACUUUUGACCAAGAUGCUGUGUCGGUGAGGAAGAAAACGAAAAUUCCAUUGCGGCGUUGUUCAUCACUGGUUAUUUUCCCUAGGAGUCCUUCCAGCACUCCUCCAGCUUCUCCAGUAAACUCAGGUCAACCACCACAUAGAGGCAUGUAUCAAACGUCUCAUAGACUAAUUAUUUCUCCUAAUGAGCUGGCACAAAAAGAAGAUCCAACCACUUCCAAGGGAUUCCUUUCAACAGCAGUCAAUGGGCUUAGACUGUCUAAAACAGUUUGCUCUGCUGGCGAAGUCAGAGACAUCCGACCGCUUUAUUUGAAUCCAUCAUUACAGGACAAAAGUCAAGUUUUGAGUGGUUCUGAACAGACAACUUGUGAAGAGAUGUCUGAUGGCUUCUCAUGCGUUUCAGUUCAUCUCAACCAAAGACCGUUUGCAUCGAGCAGUGAGCUGGUUAAUGGCUGUUGCAGUCCAGAGUUAAAUCUGAACUCCGGUGCAAAAUACCCUCAUUUAAGACUGGAACGUAGCACAUCUGCUUGUCUGCCCUCAAAAAUAGAUUCAGAAUACCAGAUUAGUAUAAAUGAACUAGAAAGACCGAAUGUUCAGAUGAGCAAAACUCCCCAUGUUUUGCAAAGAAGUGUUUCCUUAGAAGGAUCACGUCAAAAAGUUUCUUGCUGCUUAUCCAGCUUUAAAUACAAGUGUCACAGUGCAAGGACGUCUCAGUUGCACAUACAGUUCAAACCUGGGAAUGAAGGAAAAACAACUGGUGUUAAGAAAAGAUAUGGAACCUCUAAAAAGGAAAUGUCUAGUACUUCUUUGUGGAGGCCCCAUAAGACUCGAGAUGAUUUUCUUGGACAAGUGGAUAUUCCUCUUUAUCAGCUACCGACAGAAAAUCCAAGUAUGGAGAGACCAUAUACAUUUAAGGAUUUUGUUCUUCAUCCAAGAAGCCAUAAAUCAAGAGUUAAAGGCCACCUUAGAUUAAAAAUGACUUACUUACCUAAAAACAAUGGGUCUGAAGAAGAAACCACAGAACAGGCUGAAGAAUUAGAGCCUGGGUGGAUUAUAUUGGACCAACCAGAUGCUGCGAGCCAGCCACAACAGCAGCAGCAGGAACCUCCUCCACUGCCUGCAGGCUGGGAAGAAAGGCAGGACAUCCUUGGCAGGACCUACUACGUCAAUCACGAGUUCAGAAGGACACAGUGGAAAAGACCAACUGCUCAGGACAACGUGGCUGUGGCAGAUCUGGGCAGUGUGCAGCUGGAGGCCCAGCACGUGUUCACUCACCGGCGACAGAUAUCAGAGGAGACAGAAAAUGUGGACAACAGAGAUUCCCCCGAGAGCUGGGAGAUCAUAACUGAAGACGAGGCAACGAUGUACAGCAGUCAGAACCUUCAAAUACCUCUCUCACAGAGUAAUUGUGAUAUACAGACUCAUCUUGCAGAAGAAUUGAGUAACAGACUUACUACCUCUGGAAGUUCAGCUACUGGCCAGUCAGCAGCCUACACUAACCAUUCCAGCAGAAGAGGUAGUCUGCAGACAUACAGACUUGAAGAGCAGCCUGCACAUCCACUGUUACUGCCUACUUCAUCUGGAUUACCCCCAGGCUGGGAAGAACGACAGGAUGAUAAAGGAAGAUCAUAUUAUAUAGAUCACAAUUCUAGAACCACUACCUGGAUAAAGCCAGUUGUACAGAUUGCUACAGAAACAAGUCAGGUGUCAGCUGCACAAAGUAUUUCUAUAGGAAGACAGCCACAAGCAACAUCAAGUGACUCAUCACAACAGUCUUCUCAGCAGCAGCCUGAAAUGGAGCAAGGAUUCCUCCCUAAAGGCUGGGAAGUCCGACAUGCACCCAAUGGGAGACCAUUCUUUAUUGACCACAACACCAAAACUACAACAUGGGAAGAUCCAAGACUGAAAAUUCCUGCUCACCCAAGGAGAAAGACUUCCCUAGAUCCAGUAGAUCUGGGCCCAUUACCACCAGGGUGGGAAGAGAGAACUCACACAGAUGGAAGAAUAUUCUUCAUAAACCACAAUACAAAGAGAACACAGUGGGAGGAUCCCCGACUGCAGAAUGUGGCUAUAACUGGACCAGCCGUGCCUUACUCCAGGGACUAUAAGCGGAAGUAUGAAUUCUUCAGAAAGAAACUGAAGAAACAGAGUGAUAUUCCAAAUAGAUUUGAAAUGAAAAUUCAUCGCACAACAAUCCUUGAAGAUUCUUAUAGAAGAAUUAUAGCUGUAAAGAGAGCAGAUUUCCUUAAAGCAAGACUUUGGAUUGAAUUUGAUGGGGAAAAAGGUUUAGACUAUGGAGGAGUGGCCAGGGAAUGGUUCUUCCUUCUCUCUAAGGAAAUGUUUAAUCCUUAUUAUGGAUUGUUCGAAUAUUCAGCUACAGAUAACUAUACUCUGCAGAUCAAUCCAAACUCUGGACUUUGCAAUGAAGAUCAUCUCUCUUAUUUCAAGUUUAUAGGUCGUGUGGCUGGAAUGGCUGUUUACCAUGGCAAACUUUUGGAUGCCUUUUUCAUUCGUCCUUUUUACAAGAUGAUGCUCCAAAAACCAAUAACACUACAUGAUAUGGAGUCUGUGGACAGUGAAUAUUACAAUUCUCUGAGAUGGAUUCUUGAAAAUGAUCCAACAGAACUGGACCUCAGAUUUAUAGUUGAUGAAGAACUUUUUGGUCAGACCCAUCAACAUGAACUGAAGAGUGGUGGAUCAGAAAUAGUUGUCACCAACAAGAACAAGAGAGACUACAUUCAUCUUGUAAUUCAGUGGAGAUUUGUGAGCAGAGUGCAGAAACAAAUGACAGCUUUUAAAGAGGGCUUUUUUGAACUAAUACCACAGGAUCUGAUUAAACUUUUUGAUGAAAAUGAGCUAGAGUUAUUGAUGUGUGGAUUGGGAGAUGUGGAUGUGGCUGAUUGGAAACUACACACAAAAUACAAGAAUGGCUACAACAUAAACCAUCAAGUAAUACAGUGGUUCUGGAAGGCAGUCUUAAUGAUGGACUCUGAAAAGAGAAUACGAUUACUUCAGUUUGUUACUGGCACAUCCCGUGUUCCUAUGAAUGGGUUUGCUGAGCUGUAUGGUUCAAAUGGACCACAGUUGUUCACAGUUGAACAGUGGGGUACCCCUGAAAAGCUGCCAAGAGCUCAUACCUGCUUUAAUCGCUUGGAUUUGCCUCCAUAUGACUCAUUUGAAGAUUUGUGGGAUAAACUUCUUCUAGCGAUUGAAAACACUCAGGGUUUUGAUGGGGUUGAUUAAGACACAGACAGAAAUGAUAUUGGUCCACUGCUGCAAUUUCAUUUUAUGGGUUUACAAACAAAUUUGAAUUUUCCAGGGACUACCAUUGUAUUUAGUCACAUGGCUAUUGAAUCUUCAUAGUAUCACAUGUAAAAUAAGUAAGUAUUAAAAAUUCACUAACUUUUGAAAAUGUAUUUUGUCAUUUCCACAGUUUUCUGUACUUUGCUAUUAAAUACAAUAUACACAUUGGAUGGGCCAGUGCCAAGUUAAGCCAAAAACUAAAAUGUUUUUAAGCAGUUGCCUCUUGUACAAUAUUUGAGAGUGUCCUGCAGUAAACUACUGAAGUAAAGCUGUGAAGAAAUCUUUGCAGAGGGUUUAAAUUUGAAUUGCUGCUUGAAGAGGAGCAACUGAAAUUGUUAAACUGUUUUAAAAAAAACAAAAAAACCAAACCCAACAAACUUCAUGUAGUGCAGUAUCCUAAUCUGUGCUGCUUCAGGCUGUUUGCAACAGAUCUGCUCUAAGCACUUUACAAUUCAGCAUAUUAGGUGAAACAUUGGAAAGCAUUUGUUUGCAUUAUCAGCCAUCAGUUUGCAGAACAUUGACUUGCUGACACAUUUGUUAGAUUUCUAUUUCUAACUUGCUUUUGUUAAAACAGUGUAACAAACCCAAGAUUUUUAUACAAAACAGAUAAGCAGCAUAAUUCUGAGUUGUAAUGAGAAAUUAUAUCCAUUUUUUGUUUGAAUUUGUAUACUGAUGUUGGUUUAUUGAGUGUUCAUCACUUUUUUGAUAAAUUUGUAGUUCAACGAUGGAUAAUAUUUUCAAUUCAGCCUUUUGCAACAAAUCAAUCUUGAAGUGGAAUUUGUAUGGAUAUCACUCAGUAUUAGUUACUGAUAGUUAGAGGCCUUUAUUAUCCAUUCUUGCAGUAUUGCACUACAUAACAAUAAAGAACAUGUUUACAGGGUUUUCUGGGCCAAAUUCAGCAGUCUGCUGUGUGCAAACUUCUCCCAACUGCAUGGAGGUCGUGCACACGUGAUCAGCUGCAGAAUUUGGUUCUGUGAUAUGUUUACAGGUUGAUAGUUUCUACAGCUGCAUUUUUAUAUUUUUUUCUCCACUGUUAGUCUAGAAACCAAAUUUGUUAAUACAGUAUAACCAAAGUCAUAACCAACAAUGUGCAAUUUAUUGUAGAUCAACUUGUCAUAUAAAUAUUAGUUUGAUUUCUUUUGUAAAUGUGGGUGUUUUUUGUAUUAAUGUUAACACUUUCUUUGAGCAAGUGCUGGUUAAAAUGAUUAGCAAAGUUGGUUCUAAAAGAAACAAAAUGAUUUAUAUACCUGGCUUGCUCAAAUUUUAACAUUUUAUUAUGAUGCCAAUUAACAUUUUAUUAUGAUCUGAGGAAAUGACAGUACCUAGCUUUGGCCAGCAAAUUUCUGUUAGUCACAGUCUUUAUAAAUAUGCAAGAAGAAAGUGUAGCACAUCUUUCUCUGAAGAUAUGUAAAUUAUGUAACAAAUGUUAAUGGGUCUUAAGGGAUAUUUAAAAUCCCUCUUUGUUUUAUUCUUUGACUAGGUCAUUAGGACUGAGAAUAUUACAUGUAAAUAAAGGUAACUUAUACAAAUUUCCCAAAUCUAUAUGCAGUUUUGUAAAACGUGAAUGAUAUAUCAGUAAAUCUGUAUAGAUUUGAAUGUAGCAGGUUUUGUUGCAUACUUUAAAGUAUAAAAUAAGGAUCCUGAGAGCAGUAAAUAAAAGUUUAUUCUAAUAA